AUGGAGCACAAGGAUAGGCUGGCACCGCUCGAGGUGGUGCAGCUGUCGGCGCUGCUCGACGACUGCGUGGGCUCGCUCUCGCUGUUGGGCGACAUCACCCGCGACAUCCUGGAGCAGCGGGAGGAGUUGGCGCAGGCGACAGGCGACGAGACUUCGCAGAUCAUUGCGGAGCAGAAGCGACUGGAGGCUCGAUAUGAGGAGCUACUCGCCCAGCGGGCGUCGUACAAGGCGCUGGCCAACAAGUCAAAGUACAAAGACGUCGAGGCCGAGCUGACGCAGAUCGCGUACCAGCUUCGGCAAUCGACCCAGCUACUCUGCCGCAACCUCAAAGAGAACCCCAACGUGGCCGACAACCUGCUCAAGAUCCAGUCGGAGCGCCGCUCUCUCAUCCACCUGCUGAAGGAUACCCAACUCGAGCUCAACGAGCUCCACUUCCGGACCCUCCUCACCACCGUCCGUGAGGACAAGGCCAAGGAGGAGGGCCUGCGCCGGACCAUCGAACGCGAGCGCGAGGCAACCGCCGAAGUCAAGCGCCUCUCUGCACAGCUUGCCGCCGUGGAGGCCGACAAGGACAAGAUGAUCAAGGAGCUCAACAUCAUCAUCGCACGCAAGAAGACCGCCCUGCAAAAGGCCAAGAAGCAGGCGCUCUCCAACUACAACUUUUCGCGCAAAAGUACUCGGCUGCUCCAGGAGGAGAUCACAGCCUGGAACGACAAGUACUUUGAAGACAUCGAGGCCAAGCGCAAGGAGGUUGAGUCGCUCAAGAUCCAGCAGUCGCAGACCGUGGCAGAGAUCGAGAAUCUCACCCGCGAGUACGAGAACAUGCGCGCCGUCGUCGAGGAGGACCACCGGCUCGCCAAGCAGCGCGAGGCUGCCAUGCUCUUUGGCGUCCGCCUCGGUACCGCCGCCGCUCGCCUGCAGAAGCUCUGGCGUGGCCACCGCGUUCGCAAGAAGAUCCUCGCCGCCCACACCAAGAAGAAGCGCAAGCGACCCAAGAAGAAGAAGUAAAGGCACCGUUGCAUCGC